AUGCUGCUCCCCAUCCCCCAGCUCACUAUCUUCUUCAUAGCUCUCUAUGUGCUCACGUCCUUGAGAGCAAUUAUGCGGAGCAGGUUAAGUUUUGCAGUGUUUGGCAGAGAGUGGGUGCAGGCCAGUCUGUCAUCAAUGGACUUUAUUCUCACCUGCCUGGGUAUCUGCUGCUUCUGUCUACUGUGGGCCUCAGUGCUGUACAAUUUCUGCUCUUCUUUUAACCCUAGCUAUGUAUUUCAGUACUCAUCAAUCACCUGGAAAUUUACUAAUACUCUUACUUUCUGUUUACCAGAAAGUGUGCGUGCUGUCUUCUACUGUGUCAAAGUCUCUUCCUGUACUGGUCCCAUCUUUCUCUAGCUGAGGUGGAGAACAUUGAGGUAUGUUCCUUGGCUGUUGCUGCAUUCUUUGUUGAUUUUUGUGUCAAUCAUCUGUUCAGCUAUUAGGAAUUAUCAGUUUCACUUAAUCACCAUGGGACAUUUCUCUACAAACAGCACUAUGGUUAAGAGACUUAAGAUAUUCCUGUAUUUUACCAUAUCUCAUCCAAUGGUUGCAUUGGUUAUUCCUUUCCUCCUGUUCCCGGCCUCCACCAUCUUGCUCAUGGUCUCACUGUUCCAACACAUGGAGCAGAUGCAAAAACACCAUAGCACUGGUCACUGCAGCUCCAGCGUGAAAGCUCACACAACUGCCCUGAGGUCUCUUGCCAUCUUCCUCACCCUCUUCACCUCUUACUUGCUGACCCUACUCAUCUCUAUUAUGAGGAUCUCAUUGGAUAAGAAUUCUUGGUCCUGGGCUUGGGAAGCUGUCAUCUGCUACAGUCUCUAUUCACUUCACUUCACUUCACUAAUGCUGAGCAUCCCUAAGUUGAAAAAGGUUUUAAAGAUAAGGUGCUGGAGCCUGGAGACUGCCUGA